AUGGGUCGAAGAGGACCUACAACGACAUACAAAACAAGGGCUGCGAGAAACGCCGCUCGACGGCUCCGCUAUCAGCAACAAAAGCGAGCUCAAGUGCUAUCCCAGGAGACUUCGGUCCCAGCACGUCCACGAACACAACCGGUCAUUCAACCACAUGAGCCAAGACAAGACGCAGACUCACCUCCACAGUCCGGAACCGCCCCUGAGCCUGCAGCUGCUCCAGAUACACUUGAUGCGGGGCCUAUACCAGAGCCACACCUCACACCGGAAGGCUCACUGCCUUUAUCCAAUGAUAAUGACUUCUUGCUGGAUGAUCCUAGUGGGUUCGAUUCUGAUGGCGGAAAUGCUCUGCAACGGGCGGAGGCAACUAUCAGGUAUAACCUGUCUGCUGAAGCAAUUCCAGAUGAUGAUGAGCCCACUGAAGGCCCUAUCUCGGCCGCUGACUAUGAACCGCUCCUAUUUGGCAUUCCUGAAAUUUCAGCAGACUCAGGCACAGAUGACCUGACAGAUAGCGCAUAUGGAUCAGGGGAUAGCGACAAUGGCUAUCCACAGUCUGAUCAAUUGAGCACUGGCACUGAGAACCUUGAUAGCCUUGGGGUGCGACUAGCACAACAGAUCCUGCAGUUCCAAGGUUGUUGCCCUGAGUGUCAUCAGCAGCCAAUGGAGCCGCUGGUUAAUCAGGAGAGAUCUUCCAUCCCAACCAUCAGGCUGGCCGAUCUGCAAAAGUGGCACUGCCCCCAGGUGCUCGGUAGCCCACAACUACCUGAUGCAGAGACUACCUGUACCAAAAAUUGGUCUGCUACCGACCGCCGGCAACCAUUCUGUGGCAUUGGCAAUGAUCAAGAGACACCACCAGUGGUCUUGAUCACAGAUGAGGAAAAAGAGUUGUUGCCACCAUCCACCAAAAAGAAAGAGAGGUCGACCUACCAAGUACGCAUCUGCGGAGGAAAGAAAAGCGUCAAAGAUAGCACAACAGCGAGACCAGCGUCAGUCCGCUCGCGCUACAGACCGCGCCCGGCAAUUCGAUGA